AUGGCCGACAUCUCAGAGACCGAUGCAUGGAUCUCGCAUCUGACCGACUGCAAGCAGCUGACGGAGAUGGACGUCAAGCGGUUGUGCGAUAAGGCGCGGGAAAUCCUGAUCGAGGAGUCGAAUGUUCAGCCUGUGCGAUGCCCAGUGACUGUGUGCGGAGACAUCCACGGUCAAUUCCACGACCUGUCUGAGCUGUUCCGGAUCGGCGGCAACUCUCCCGACACUAACUACCUCUUCAUGGGCGACUAUGUCGACCGAGGGUACUACUCGGUCGAGACCGUCACCCUCCUCGUCGCGCUCAAGGUGCGGUACCGGGACCGGGUUACCAUCCUUCGCGGCAACCACGAAUCGCGACAGAUCACCCAGGUCUACGGCUUCUACGACGAGUGCCUGCGCAAGUACGGCAACGCCAACGUCUGGAAGUACUUCACCGACCUCUUCGACUACCUCCCCCUCACCGCCCUUAUCGACGACCAGAUCUUCUGCCUGCACGGCGGUCUCUCCCCUUCCAUCGACACCCUCGACCACAUCCGCUCGAUCGACCGCAUCCAAGAAGUCCCGCACGAGGGUCCGAUGUGCGACCUGCUCUGGUCCGACCCGGACGACCGCUGCGGAUGGGGGAUCUCGCCGCGUGGUGCGGGAUACACGUUCGGACAGGACAUCUCGGAGGCGUUCAACCACAACAACGGCUUGACGCUCGUCGCGCGCGCGCAUCAGCUCGUCAUGGAGGGCUACAACUGGUCACACGACAGGAACGUCGUGACCAUCUUCUCGGCGCCCAACUACUGCUACCGCUGCGGCAACCAGGCAGCGAUCAUGGAGAUUGACGAAAACAUGAAGUACACCUUCUUGCAAUUCGACCCGGCACCUCGGGCAGGAGAGCCGCUCGUCUCGCGGAGGGUUCCCGACUACUUCCUCUAA